AUGAAGACGUCGGCAUUGAAGACGAUAUUCAAAUUCAUCCUAGUUACAAUCAUCUAUUUUGCUCACAUUUAUUUCCGACGACUUCCGAUCACUCUGCUUCCGCUCAUAAGACAGGAAAUCACGUUGAAUAGCGAUAAUAUAGGUCUUCUUGUUUCUGCACACGCAUUUUGCUAUACAAUUGGCCGAUUUUUGUUUGGUGUGGCGUCCGAUAAAUAUUCGAAGGUGGCAUUAUUACUCAUCGGUUUAAUAACAUGUGCGACCUGUUCUGUGGGAUUAGGAUUUGCCACCGAAUUUUGGCAUCUUCUUGUUGCACUGCUAUUCCUUGGAAUUGUUCAAGGAGCUGGCUGGGUUCCUGCUACGCUAUUAGUUCAAACGUGGUAUUCUAAAGGCACCUAUGGAACAAUGUUUUCGAUUCUUGCUUGUGGUAGCACAUUUGCGGGAAUCCUGCAGCCAGUAUCGAAGCGAUUCAAUUGGCGUCAGGUCGAAAUUUACACUGGUGCCGGAAUGCUGCUUUUUUCGGUAGUGUGUUAUUUCGCACUUCGCGAAGAUAACAAAUCACCAAAAACCUUAGAAAACGAGCCUGACACUGCGAAGGCCAAUGCAAAAAGCCAAAGCGGGCUGCGGCUCAUCGUAGGGUCAAUUGUCAUUUGGCACAUUGCAUUCGUGUAUUUAUUUACUAUGGAGAUGAGAACAAUAUGUGAAACAUGGGUUCAGUUAUUUCUCACCGAUGUUCAAAUAUCGCCGGACGCAUUUCAGAUUACCUACGAAAUCGGAGGACUUGUUGGAACCAUGGCUUCUGGAAUAAUAAUUGAUUUGGCAACUAGUAAAUUUGAUGUUGAUGCGACGAGAAGGGUCAUUGCCGUUUCUUACACGUGUCUGAUGAUGAUAUGUGCAGCCGGGAUUUUCCAAUUUCCGGAACUCAGCUCGGUCUUCGGAUUUCUUUCUGGAAUGUUCGUUAAUGGAUCAAUCAACGUUUGGUGUAUGGUAGCGUCGCAGGCAGGACACAAGCACAUUCAGGGAACUGUUAGUGCCUUUAUUUCAUUUGUCGCCAGCUCUGGAUCGAUGCUUGCCGGAACUCCAUUAGCUUAUCUUAUCAGCUCUUUUGGCUAUGGAGUAUUUUUAUACAUUUUUAGUGUCCAAUUAAUAAUUGUCAUUGUUGUUUCUUUGUUCCGCGUGAGGCUACGAAUGCAAUCAGAGUUAACUCCAGUCGAGGAAAGCUCAAAAUCUGAAAGUGAUAACGACAUCGUCAUCACCGUGGUCGAUUCCAAACAAAAUUUGACCACAUUGAAAAAAGAGCACCGAUUUUCGAUGCGAUUUGUUUUAUACGCUUCAAAUAAAAUUCGUCCCAUUAAACAUUUUGUCGGUAUUAAUAAGAUUUAA